GCAUCAUGACGCCCUUGAAGGGCCAGCACUCGGUGGUGGGCCAGCCAUACGCAGUGCCGCUUAUCCAGCCCGACCUGCGGCGAGAGGAGGCAAUCCAGCAGGUGGCAGAUGCCCUGCAGCAACUACAGAGCAUUUCUGGAGACAUCUUCAGCAGGAUCUCCCAGCGAGUAGAGCUGAGUCGGCGCCAGCUGCAGGCCAUUCGGGAGAGGGUCUCCUUGGCCCAGGCUAAGAUAGAGAAGAUCAAGGGCAGCAAGAAGGCCAUCAAGGUCUUCUCUAGUGCCAAGUACCCAGCGCCCGAGCGUCUGCAGGAGUAUGGCUCCAUCUUUACCGGUGCCCUCGACCCUGACCUGCAGAGAAGACCCCGGUACAGGAUCCAGAGCAAGCACCGCCCCCUGGAUGAGCGGGCCCUGCAGGAGAAGCUGAAGUACUUUCCGGUGUGUGUGAACACAAAGUCGGAGCCUGAGGAUGAAGCUGAGGAAGGACUUGGGGGUCUUCCCAGCAACAUCAGCUCCAUCAGCUCCCUGUUGCUCUUCAACACCACAGAAAAUUUGUACAAGAAGUAUGUUUUCCUGGACCCUCUGGCUGGCGCAGUAACAAAAACCCACACAAUGCUGGGCACAGAAGAGGAGAAGUUGUUUGAUGCCCCUCUGUCUAUCAGCAAGAGAGAGCAGCUGGAGCAGCAGGCUCCGGAAAACUACUUCUAUGUGCCAGACCUGGGUCAGGUCCCCGAGAUCGACGUGCCGUCCUACCUCCCCGACUUACCUGGCAUCGCGGAUGACCUCAUGUACAGUGCGGACUUGGGCCCUGGCAUCGCUCCCUCGGCUCCUGGCGCCAUUCCAGAACUGCCCACCUUCCACACGGAGGUGGCUGAACCCUUCCAGCCAGAACUGGAGGGUGGGGUGCUGCUGGCACCGCCGCCACCGCCGCCGCCACCGCCUCCCGCAGCUCCCACCGUGGUGGUCAGUACCCCACAACCGCCAUCGUUCCCUGAAGUGGCAACUGCACCUGGCCAGGUUGCCAGGGAGGAAGACCGGAGCAGCGGUGUGGCCCACUCAGCCUCUGUCCAAGGAGCUCCUAAGGAGGUGCUCGACCCCUCCAGUGGCCGGGCCACUCUGCUCGAGUCCAUCCGCCAAGCCGGGGGCAUUGGCAAGGCCAAGCUGCGCAGCGUCAAGGAGCGCAAGCUGGAGAAGAAGAAACAGAGGGAGCAGGAACAAGUGAGAGCCACCAGCCAAGGCGGGGACUUGAUGUCUGACCUCUUUAACAAGCUCGUCAUGAGGCGCAAAGGAAUUUCUGGAAAAGGACCCGGCGCCGGAACCAGUGAGGGGCCGGGGGGAGCCUUCACCCGGAUGUCAGACUGCAUUCCACCUCUGCCACCCCCACAGCAGCCCGCGGGAGACGAGGAUGACGACGACUGGGAGUCCUGAGUGUGCUCCACCUCGCGCAUUCGCGCAUUUGGCAGGGCAGCCCCCGAGGGGCUCCUCAGCCAGAUGGGGCCUUACAGGUCCUGUCGCCCGAGGAGGGGUUCGGGGUCUGUGCCAGCCUCUGUCCAUGGCUCUGUGGGGGCUCUGUGAGCCGUCUGCGGCUUCCCUGGACUGCUUUGCUCUACCCUCCCCUGAAGAGCAACAGCAACAGGAUAGAAUAAAGAAAGCAACCAGACCUGAGCCCAAGCCAGCAGUGCCCUUUUAGU